AGCGGCAGUGGCGAGUGGAACGGAAUUUUGGAGAAGGAGCAGGCGGUCCUGGGUUGUGGGUGCUGCCCGCUGGGUUGGAGCCAGGCCGCCUCUUCCCCCGGGGUAUGCGGGACUGGCCAGGGCCCGGCGGCGCUGCUGGGGCUGCGGGGAUGCCUCUGCUGCCGGGGGUGGUGGCCCAGGGACACACCCGUGACCGUCUGUCUGUCCGUCUGUGUCUCACCAGGUGGUGGGACAGGCUUCGUGGGCAGAGCCCUGACCCAGCUGCUGCGGAGCCGAGGGCACCAAGUGACCCAUGUGUCGCGCCGAGGUGGCAAGGAUCGGAUCAGCUGGAGCUGUCCCGCUCUGGGCUGCCCCUGUGUGAUGCUGUGGUCAACUUGGCUGGUGAAAAUGUCCUCAACCCUCUCCGCAGAUGGAGUGAUGCCUUCUGCAGGGAGGUCAUCAGCAGCCGGGUGGAGACCACGAAGACCUUGGCCAAAGCCAUUGCUGCUGCUGAGCAGCCACCCCGUGCCUGGGUCCUCGUCACUGGCGUAGGUUAUUACCGCCCCAGCCCCACAGCUGAGUACACUGAGGACAGUCCAGGAGGGGAUUUUGAUUUCUUCUCACGCCUGGUGAGCUCGUGGGAGGCUGCAGCUCUCAUCCCUGGGAGCCCAACUCGUGGUGUUGUGGUGAGGUCAGGUGUAGUGCUGGGUCGAGAUGGUGGUGCAAUCGCUCAGAUGCUCUUGCCUUUCCGGCUGGGACUUGGAGGCCCCAUGGGCUCUGGACUCCAGCCCUUCCCCUGGAUCCACAUUCAGGACCUGUCUGGGAUUGUGUGUCAUGCCCUGGAGAAAGAGUCUGUGCAAGGCAUCCUCAACGGUGUUGCCCCCUCCUCCCCUGGCACCUCCAAUGGCAGCUUUGCCCGGGAGCUGGCGGCUGCCCUGGGCCGCCCGGCGCUGGUGCCGGUGCCCGGCUGGGCGGUGCGCGCUGUUUUUGGGGCAGAGCGGGCAGUCAUGCUGCUGGAGGGACAGAGGGUGCUGCCAAAACGCACCCUGGAGACUGGCUACCACUUCAUCUUCCCUGAGCUGCCUGCAGCUCUGAGGGACAUUGUGGCUUAAGGCCUGCCCAGUUGGGCUGGGCUGGGCCCUGUUUGUGUGAGCGCACAUGCCUUCCCAUCAAAGAGGGGAGCCCUGCCCCUUGGCACUUCCCUGUCCCCAAACAGAAAGGGGGAGCAAUCCUUUCCUCCUGUAUGUCCCUGUGUGCAUCCCCAGUUUAGGAAUCAUCCUUCUUAUUGCCAUCUGAAUCUCAACAUUACCUGCACUGGGGAAGGGCACAAGCCCCUCAAAGGACCAUGUCUGUGGAAUUGCCCAUCUUCCCUUUUGCAUGGUGUGUGUAUGAGCUGCUGGCAAAGCAGCUGGGGGUGUAAUGUCUUCUCUGAGAGAUGUGGCAGCAGGAACAAGUCCUAAUGCUGUUGUCAUUCUUCCAUGGUACUGGAAGUUGCCCUUCCUGUUUUUCCCCAUGAUGACACAGGCAAAGCAGACGAGCAUAAGUCUCUUGGUCUUGGUGGUUGUGGGAGAAGAUCCACCUUAGGGUGCUGAGAUUGCUUGGAGACUCUGCCCUCUCUUUUCUUGUGUCUGGUACCAAGCUGAUGUGUCAGUACCUUCAGCUGAGUCUAGUCCAAAGAGUUACACCUUCCAGGGUUCCAUACCCCUCGUGCUGUGGCAGGGAUGAAGGAGAACUCUGCUUUGCCAGCCUGUAGGGCAAAGGGUGACAAUCAGAGUGUGGCCCCUGGACUGCUUUGCCUUAGCUAAGUGCCCAUUACAUCUACACUUGAGCUCAGGAAAGCUGGGUGCUGCAUCAUUGUGUGAGGCACUGCAAGUCAGAGCUUCAGUCUCAAGGAGCAUUUCAGCUAUUGCCUUCAUUGUACUACUUGAGACCAGGGUGGUUUUCUUUUCCUGAUCCCAUGGGGUGGUGCUUGUUCAGGGUGCUCCCCCUGACUGGGCACUGAGAAUAUCCAAACUGCCUGGUCUGUCUUGGGAAGCAGUGCCUCUUCCUUUGUAAAGCAGAUGGCAAUUUCAUCAUCUCACAAGUGGCAGGAAAUGUAUCCACGUGCUUCCUUUGACCCACUUCCAUAUCCUAAAAUGGAUUGCAGGGUGUGAAUUCCACAGAGCAGUGACGUUUAUUAUAGCAGUACUUACGGAGAAAUAUUCCUAGUGUGAUUUAAGUUGGGACUGGAAAUUUCUAUUAAAAGGCACUUCAGGCAGAUAAAGACCUACUCUUUACCAUCCAGGACAGCAGCAGUCCAUGUAUUUCUGGUUUGUGCCAUGCUGUAGUCAGAGUAGCUGAAGGAUCAGUCUUGGUGAAAUCUGGAUGCCCCACUCCUGACUCUUUGCCCGGUAUGUACUGGAGACAGAAUGGCAAUCUGCUGGCUUUCCAGGCAGGAAAAUUGGAGUGGCACCGCAGAUGGAACUGGAGGAUAGUUCUUACAGUUAGUGUAAGCACAGCCUGGUGAAAUGGGACUUUGGCAAUAGUCAUGAAAGCAGCAUGGUUUGAGAUACAUGUGGGUGGCUUGGACUGUGUCUUUGCUGCUCUAAGUUAGGUGCAGCUUCAUUCCUCUUCCCCAGAGCUUCAGUUUCCUGGCUGUGAGAGUAGGUUGACCUGCUCUGAGAUGCAGACCCAGUUCUUUGUGGGCCAGUACUGUUGUUACAAUCAGCAGUACUGCUUUAGUUAUUUCAGCUGAGUUUUUAGAGCCUCAGGCUUCAGAGCUUCCCCAGAAGUUGUGGUCUGCAGCAUCCUUGUGUCAUCCAGGCUGGUUAGCCAGCCCAGUUAGGUUGUUGCUGUACCUGUAUAAACCUUGAUGAUUGCAAUGGCUUUGGGUUGUGAUUGGAAAUGAGAACAAGUCUGGCUGGAGAACUGCCACUUCAGCUCUGAAAGAGCUGUUUGUGUCCCACAGAGGACUGCCACUAAGCUGAGUUCCCAGGCCUUGGAUGUGUAACUCACUCAGGAUGUUUGAAAAGUUGCCUCUGCAUGGUGUUUGGCUUCAAUACGUCACAGGUUUAAAUGAGCUUCUGUCAUCUGAAUCUCUGUUUGGAAUCUGGAAGCACUGUCUUCUGAGUGCAGUUAAGACUUCCCAUCAUGAUAAAUUCACACAUGCCCCAUGCCCUUUUCUCUGCAGUAGAGCCAAGGUGCAUGUUUGGGUGACAGCAGGCUGAAAUCCCCAUUGGAUGUGUCUGGUUUUGGUGACCUUAAGGAAGCCCUGGUCCCCAGGCUGUAGGGCUUUGUGAUGCUGAGUACAGGCCUUGUGUUAGCCCAGUGCUGGCAUUGCAGUGCUCAGGGCUAGCAGAGUGUUCCUGCAGCCAUAUCUGAGCCUGUGCUGUGCCCCUCUGCCUCGGGCAGGUGGCUCUAUUCCUUUAGAGCUGAAUGCUUCUGAUCAGCCAUGUGAAAAGCAGCUGCUGCCUUCGGCUGCUGUGGCCCAGGACCCUCCUGUGUGGCUACUGACACCCCAGCCUGGGGGCCCAGUACCCAGGGUUUCUGUCCAAGCUGAGGACACAGCUGUUCCUUUCCUGUUUGCAGGGUGAGCCAGCCCUGGUGCUGAGCUGGUGUCCCGCACAGACACGUGGACAGUGACACACGGGUGACACUGACAUGGCUGUCAGCCCCAGGCAAGCUGCUGCUGUUAGCAUGCCCACACAGGUGCUGUGCAUGAUGGGGCUGGCAGCCUCACAGGACACCCUCAGGGUUCACAAGGAUGCACACUCAGUCCUUUGAGCACUGGUAUGAUCUCUCUGUCCACCCAGCACUCCAGCAUGGACCACAGGUCCCCUCCUUGCCAGCUGCUCCAGCUUUACACACCAAAGACUCAGCAUCACUCAGACACUCAUCCCAAAGGGACACCACACUUGCAGGUAUCUCCAGGUACCAACAUGGAUCCCUUCCCCUUGUGAUAACCCUGCCCAUACCUGGAGUCCCCUACUUGCCAGCUGCUCUGAAUUACUGCUGCUGGAUACACACCUUCACACCUGGUUUGUGGGGUGUACAGAUCAGCACCCAGGCUGUGAGUGGCUGUCCCACUCCAGCUGUGGACAUGGAGCCUCUCACCGCCCUUGCUCAUGCUGCUCUUGUGGACACCAAGUAUUCCUGCCUCAGUGGCUGUAGGGUGAGUUCCCACUGGGCUCCAGGAGCUCUAACACAGGCUGGGUUUCUGCUCUCCCAAUUCCCCUGUCUGACUUCAGGAGCUGGCCUCAAACCCACACAUAUUGACUGCCCAGUAGCUGGCACUUGUUCCUUGAAGUACACAGAGAGAUUACAGAAAGAUUAAAUAAGCCAGGACUGUGGUGGUCAAGUGUAGAGCUCGGCCAGACCAGCACUAACUGGCCCAGGUUUACACCCAACCAGCCUCUUAAAACCCUUUUCUGUGUAACCCCUCUUGGCUGCUCCCUGUCCCUGCAUAGUUCCUCAACAGCUGGCAUCCCACUGUCUGCAUCCAACAUCCUGGACACUGAGCUUUGCCUCCUUAUCAGUUGCAAAGUCCUUGGGAGCUUGUCAGUGGUGUGGGAUUCCAUUUGUUUCUGGUUAUUUGCCCUGUUACUGCUAAUUGGUUUUAUGACUGUGUCUUCCAUUACUUCUCUACUGUAAAAAUAAAUCUUCUCAGCCUCACACAUCCUUA